AGCCAAAUAUUUGACAAACUAGCAAUGGUUGGCUAGUCAGUUAGGAGUUAAAAUAAUACAUCGAGAAAAAUAUAUAUAUUUCCCGACACAUAACCCAUUUACGUGUAUGCCAAGGGUUUAGGUUUCCGUGUCAACAGGAUGUCAACUCCAGCAAGAAGACGUUUAAUGAGAGAUUUUAAACGACUGCAAGAGGACCCUCCAGCUGGAGUUAGUGGGGCACCAUCAGAAAACAAUAUCAUGGUAUGGAAUGCUGUCAUUUUUGGACCUGAGGGAACACCUUUUGAAGAUGGAACCUUCAAACUUACCAUUGAAUUCACAGAGGAAUAUCCAAAUAAACCUCCAACAGUGCGAUUUGCCUCAAAAAUGUUUCAUCCAAAUGUGUAUGCAGAUGGAAGCAUAUGUUUAGAUAUACUUCAGAAUCGUUGGAGUCCAACCUAUGAUGUCUCUUCAAUCUUAACUUCAAUACAGUCUUUACUGGAUGAGCCAAACCCAAACAGUCCAGCCAACAGCCAAGCAGCCCAGCUGUACCAGGAAAACAAGCGGGAGUACGAGAAGAGGGUUUCUGCUAUUGUUGAACAGAGUUGGCGUGACUGUUGACCCCCGUUGUUAUCGUUCGAGUAGGAACAGUGUCCCGGCCCCCGAAUCAAGAAACCACCGAUCAAGAGAAACAGCUGAUCUCACAGAAAUAAAAUCCUUAAAAUCCUUCUCAGUAUAUUUGUCCCAUAACUGUUGCUACGUUUGUAUGCUGUUGUGUGGCAUUCACUGCCGAAAUGCUUGUGUUGGGCUGUAGCGUACGUUUGUUCAAAGUAAAUGUACCUUGUUAUAUCUGGGUUACUUGCUACAUGCACCAACUUGUUUCUUUAAAAAAAAAAAAAAAAAAAAAGGCAAUAGCCAGUCUGUCACUUUUCUCCCUGUUUAUUUCUACAUGAAGUAAACCGGUUGGAUGACACAGUGACAGUUCAUUCGAUGUGCUUGCUGUGUGGUUUGCUGCGUGGAUACCGACAAUACAUAUUUACAAAAAAAAAGCUGUUCAUGGGUGUUGCUCCUUUUUUAGUGGCCUCACUUCUUUUGGUUUUGUUUCUGUCUUUUGAAUGCCUUUGAGAGGGAUGGAAAAUGAACCCAGCACAGACAUCCAUCCAGCUCAACAGAUGCCUUUGGGGGUCAUUUUUCUCUCAACUGUUGAUGUAAAGCCAUGCGUUUGAGUUUUAAAAAACAUUAUAGAAAUUGGUGAAUACACAUAUGUCCCUCUUCAACACAAACAAGAUGUUUAGUUCCCUUUGCGGGCACUUCACUUUGUUUCACGCAGUUUCAUAAUACUGACAUUUAAAGGCUGUGUGAGAACAUUUCUAUGCUAUUUUACAAUCUUGCAUAACAGGAUGGUGUUUUUUUUCAGAUUAUAAAACUUUGCACUGGUAACCCAUGUAACAAACAUGUACAUUUUCUUGUAAAUAAAAAAAUAAAUAUA